AUGCGUGCUGGUGCCAUUAUUGCUGCUCUUGCUGCCGCGUCUGCUGCGCAUGCACAUGCUACUUUCCAAAACCUCUGGGUUGGCGGUGUUGAUGAAGGCACCAAGUGCGUUCGUGCUCCUGCAAACAACAGCCCAAUCACCGAUCUCACGUCCAACACUCUUGCCUGCAACACUAAUGGCGAGGUCGCCGCGGCUGCUACAUGCCCUGUUGAAGCCGGCACCAAGGUUGCUGUCGAAAUGCACCAGCAACCCAAUGACCGAAACUGUGCGACUGAGGCCAUCGGUGGUAAUCAUGACGGUCCUACCAUCAUCUACAUGGCCAAGGUCGACAACGCAGCCACCGCUGUUGGCUCCGAGGCUAGCUGGUUCAAGGUCGCCGAAACCGGCCUCGUUAGCAAGGAUUACUGGGGAACGGAUGUCAUGAAUGCCAACUGCGGCAAGGUCGAGUUUACCAUCCCUGCCGACCUCCCGGCUGGAAACUACCUGAUCCGUGCUGAAGUCAUCGCCUUGCACGUCGCUGGAUCAGCUGGAGGUGCUCAAUUGUACAUGUCGUGCUACCAGAUCAACGUUACUGGUGGUGGCGCCGCUAGCCCUGCGACUGUCAAGUUCCCCGGUGCUUACUCUGCUACCGACCCCGGUAUUCUUUUCAACAUAUAUGGAAGCUAUGAUUCCUACACUAUCCCAGGACCUGCAGUGUACUCCGGGGGCUCUUCCGGAGGCUCUUCACCCGCUCCAACAACAGCAGCACCGAGCGCUCCCAGCUCCACCGCGGUCGCUCCUAGCAGCACUUUGAAAAGCUCUGAGCCCGCUGCUGAGCCCACCGUCGAACCGUCUUCGGCUCCAGCCCCUUCCAGUGUCACCGCCUCUACAGAACCUGCACCAUCGAGCUCCACCAUCCCUACGACCAGCGCCGCCGCUAGCUCUGCCCCUGCCCCUAUCAGCUCGACUCAAGCCGCUACAUCUACUGUUGCAACUGUCGCGCCUACUAGUGCAGCCCCCGAAGCCACCGGUGCUGUCGCCGCCAAGUGGUACCAGUGCGGUGGUGUGAAUUGGACUGGCCCGACCACUUGUGUUCAAGGUACCACCUGCAAAGCACAGAACCCCUACUAUAGCCAGUGUCUCUAA